UGCGCUGCCAUGAAAGGCUCGUCGUCUUCUUUUUAACAAAACCACCACCUACCCACUUAUCUUUUCCGAAAAGCAUUUGUAUUUUUAUUUAAUUCUGAGGUUGAUCUUGGUGCCUUAUUAGAACGAGGGCAUCAUUAGGGUUUUCUGAUUUUCUGGGGAAAAUUUUAUUCUUUAUUACAUAAACAAAAAUUUUCCGCAUUUUGAGAUUUUACAACUUCCUUUUUGGUAAUAUCUCAUAUUACAAUCUUCUUCUUUUUAGUAACAUCCCGGUGGUGGAAAACUACCUUCUUCUCUACGUUCUUUAUCUUCCCUCUCUCUCCGUAGACGCCGCUCUUUCUGGGAAUUACCGGAGACAGUGUGUGGGUGUGGGUGUGUGAGAGAGAGACACAUAGAGUGAGUGAGAGAGAGAGAGAUGGAAGCUGUGUUACAAACCAGGGGAAUUCUCUCUUUACCGGCGAAACCCACCGGUGUUAGAGGUCUUCUUCGGCCCUCUCAUGGCUUGAAACAGAGAAUUUUCUCCUCAAAGCCCAGUACUUUACCUGGGUUGUCGCUAUCCUCUAAUGGGCAGAAGAAAUUUCUGGUCUUUGAGUCAUCCCCACAUGGGAUUUCGGUUUCCCACGAGGAGAGAAGCAGAGGGUUCAUCUGCAAGGCGGAGGCGGCUGCCGCCGGCGAUCGUCCCGUUUUCGGCGAAGGGGACACGGCGGCAGUACCGGCGACGCCGAAGAUUUUUGGUGUUGAGGUCACGACCUUGAAGAAGAUUAUUCCGUUAGGGUUAAUGUUCUUCUGCAUUCUUUUCAACUACACAAUCCUUAGGGAUACCAAAGAUGUCUUGGUGGUGACAGCGAAGGGAAGUUCUGCCGAGAUUAUACCCUUCUUAAAGACAUGGGUUAAUCUUCCUAUGGCCGUUGGGUUCAUGUUGUUGUACACAAAACUGGCCAAUGUUUUGUCCAAAGAUGCUCUCUUUUACACCGUCAUUGUCCCAUUUAUCGCUUUCUUUGGGGCAUUUGGUUUCUUGAUGUACCCGCUUAGCAACCAUAUUCAUCCCCAAGCUCUUGCUGAUAAGCUUUUGGCGUCCCUCGGCCCCAGAUUUCUGGGUCCUCUUGCCAUUCUGAGGAUUUGGAGUUUCUGUUUGUUCUAUGUCAUGGCUGAACUCUGGGGUAGUGUGGUGAUUUCGGUUCUUUUCUGGGGUUUUGCUAAUCAGAUUACAACAGUUGAAGAAGCCAAAAAAUUCUAUCCUUUAUUCGGACUCGGGGCCAAUGUUGCUCUUAUUUUCUCGGGACGAACUGUGAAGUACUUCUCUAACUUGAGAAAGAAUCUUGGUCCUGGAGUUGACGGUUGGGCCGUUUCAUUGAAAGCAAUGAUGAGCAUUGUGGUGGGCAUGGGGCUGGCCAUCUGUUUCUUGUACUGGUGGGUGAAUAAAUACGUCCCUCUCCCAACCCGCAGCAAGAAGAAGAAGGAGAAACCAAAGAUGGGAACGAUGGAGAGUUUGAAGUUCUUGGUGUCAUCACCAUACAUCAGGGAUCUCGCCAUGUUGGUGGUUGCUUAUGGUAUAAGUAUCAACCUUGUCGAAGUCACAUGGAAAUCGAAGCUCAAAGCGCAGUUCCCCAGCCCGAAUGAGUACUCAGCAUUUAUGGGUGACUUCUCAACCUGCACGGGUAUAGCCACGUUCACAAUGAUGCUUCUGAGCCAAUACAUAUUCAAUAAGUACGGAUGGGGAGUUGCAGCCAAGAUCACACCCACUGUAUUGCUGUUGACCGGUGUUGCCUUCUUCUCUCUGAUAUUGUUCGGUGGACCGGUCGCACCUGUCCUUGCCAAAUUUGGCAUGACCCCUCUUCUCGCGGCUGUCUAUGUCGGUGCCCUUCAGAAUAUCUUCAGCAAGAGUGCCAAGUACAGUUUGUUUGAUCCUUGCAAAGAAAUGGCCUAUAUCCCCUUGGAUGAAGACACUAAGGUUAAAGGCAAAGCCGCCAUAGAUGUGGUGUGCAACCCAUUGGGGAAAUCGGGUGGAGCUCUGAUUCAGCAGUUCAUGAUCUUAACCUUUGGCUCACUAGCUAACUCAACACCUUACCUCGGAAUCAUCCUGCUGGGUAUUGUGACCGCGUGGUUGGCCGCAGCCAAGUCUCUGGAGACUCAGUUCAAUGCAUUGCGGUCCGAGGAAGAGCUCGAGAAGGAAAUGGAGAGAGCUUCUUCCGUCAAGAUUCCUGUCGUGUCUCAAGACGAAGGCGGGAAUGGUUCCCUCGCAGCGCCGGGAGAAUCUCCGAGCAGCAGUUCGCCUGAGAAAUCUGCUCCGACCAACAGUUAAGGGACAGGGAGGAGAAGGGUUUUAGGAAUUGGUUAUGUUGGGGGGUUUUGGUUCUGUAAUGGCGAGGAGAUGCAAGAAUCAAAUAAGUUUUGGGAGAAGGAAAUGGCUGUUUAGACCAAAUCUCUCAAAAAAGUUUGUAAUAUUUUUUUUUCCCCAUAGCACCAAUAGGAAAACGAAUUUUAAUAAUUUUGUGAAUGUUUAAUCAGUUGUAUUUGGUUACAAAAAGUAACGAUUUCCACAAUUUUUUUCUUA